AUGGUGUGCAGCGGAAAUGAUAAUGUAAAUACAAUAGACAUUAGUGUUAUAAGUAAAAAAAAUAAUACAGAUGAUCGUGAAGAAAAAAUAUAUGAAUACGAAGAAGCUAUUAAUCUGACAGGCAAUGGCUGGUACAACCGAGGUCUUCUUACUGCUCUCAGCAUUGGGCUGCUUGGAAUGGGUAUUGACAUUUUUGGCUUCUCAGUUAUCGUCACUGGCUGCAGUUGUGAUUUCAACCUUGAAUUAUGUCAGAAGAGUACAAUGUUAUCCAUGCCUUUUGUUGUUUCUGGCUACUUCAUACUCCAAAUGACCUUCGCAGCAGAUUUGGUCUUCGUUGAGUUCACACCUUGGCGGCUCCUAACUAUUAUAAUGGCAGCUCCUUUAGAAAUCAGUGCGUUACUUCUCCAUUUCUUUUAUGAGAGCCCAAAGUUUCUUGUAAAUGCUGGGCGAGAGCGAGAGGCUAUGAUAUAUCUUGAGAAGAUGUGGUUGAAAAAUGGGGGAAAGAAUAAUGAAUAUCCCGUGAAACGAGUGACCUUGAAAGAAGAGGCAAAAGUAAGAUUAGUGGAUAGUGAGAAAGCAAAUCUUAACAAUAGCUUAAUAAUGUGGAUGCCGUACAUUGUGGAGGCUUUUACAGCUGGUGUGAGUUCUGAAGCUCUAUCGGGAAGUUUGUGCAGCAUUAUUAUGAGGAUAUCAAAUGUGACAGCGUCUUCUGAUGAUGUAAUCGUAUGCUCAUCAUUAAUCCAAUCCCGAACCUUACUUUCUGGAGUAGUUCAUGGAGUAGUCUUUGCUGGCAUCACUCUAGCAGUAUCGAAAUUUGCUUCUAGAAAGAAAGCUAUAUUGAUAGCAUUUCUUCUGAUACCAAUGGUUUCCAGUUUGGCAGCGGUCUUCAAUAAGAAUAAUAUAGCUAGUUUGCUUCUUUACGUUGGCAUGACCAUGACUAAUUUAUGUAUGGGAGUUCUGUUUGCGUAUUACGUGGAGCUGUUUCCUACUUCUUAUAGGGGCAUGGCAGCUUGUCUGGGUGUAAUGGUAGCCCGAAUCAGUGGUUUGGGCGGCGUGAACUUCCUAGGAGUAUUUUUGAGUACAAACUGUUCUAUGACCUUCUACGCUUUCAGUUCUUAUCUUUUAUGUGGCAUAAUUGUAGCAGCAUAUUUUUUACCAUCCGAUAAACCCAAGAAAGUAUAG